AUGCUCCUGCUCCUCUCCGCGGCCCCGCCGGUGGCCCUCGCAGAGUCGGAGAUCAUAAUAGCGGCUGUGGCGGGGUCGGCGCUCGUGGUUACGCUUGUCGUCUGCGUCAUCCUCAUCUGCUGCUGCUUCUCCCCCCGCAAAGAAGCAACCGCCGACAAGGAAGGACAAGGGAAGAGCACCCAGAAGAUCGUCAGCGGGCCGGAUGACGUGGCAGUGCCGACGCUCUGUUUCAACGACAUCCAAGUCGCGACGGACGGAUUCAGUGACGACGCCAUCGUCGGCGGCGCGGGCCACACGACCGUGUAUCGCGGGGAGGGGCCGAGCGGCGAGCCGUGGGCGGUGAAGCGCGCCAAGCGCGUGACUGUAUCGGGGUCGCAUCUGUUUCGCAACGAGGUGGAUUUCCUGUCGCAGAUCAAGCACCCCAACAUCGUGCCGCUCCUCUACUCCUGCGACGACAACAGCGAGCAGAUCCUCGUCUUUGAGUACCUCGCUAACGGCCCUCUCUCCGUGUGGCUGCGCCCGCCGCCCGGGGACGAGCGCGCGGCGCUGACGUUCGAGCAGCGCGUGGACGCGGCGCUGGGCGUGGGCGAGGCGGUGCAGUACCUGCACUCGUUCAGCCGCCCCACCAUCAUCCACCGCGACAUCAAGUCCGAUACCAUCCUGCUCGACGACCACCUCAAGGUCAAGCUGGGGGGGCUGGGGCUGCUGAAGCAUCUGCCGGGGGAGGGAAUGCGGCUGCGGGUGGCGCGCAAGAAAGGGUACCUGGAUCCCGAGUAUUUUCAGACCUUCAAAGUCACGCCCAGAUGCGACGUCUAUAGCUUCGGAGUGGUGAUGCUGGAGAUGCUGACAGCCCUGCCGCCCAUAGUGCAGGGUCUGCCGCGCUCCUCCCCCACAGCCGCGGACGCCAGCUUCGCAGGGGAGGCGCACUCCCCAACUCCGCCCAUGUCUCUGCCCCAGUGGGCCCUGCCGCUGAUCCAAGAGGACAGGGUAGAGGAGCUCGUGGAUCCCCGCAUGCCGCCCGGCUACCCCCGUGAUUCCCUCGUGGCCUUUGCACGCAUCGCAGCGGAGUGUGUUGCGCCGCUGCGCAAGGAUCGCCCCGACAUGCCACGUGUCACGUUCCUGUUGGCGGAGCUGAAGCGUCCGGCCGCGCUGCGGUCGGUGGCGUUUGCACGGUUCUACACAGGAGAUCACAAGGCCCAGUCAAGCCACCUUGACUGCCUCCUGUCCCUGCUAGGCUGCUACCUCCCACCCACUCCUCCUCUUCUUCCUCUCUCAACCCCCACUCGCUCUUCCGUGCUCAUCAUCCACUGCUGGGACUUCCCUUCCUGA